AUGGCAGCUCUAGGCACCAUCACCAUGACCUCAGCCUCUCGUCAGAACAGGAGAAGAGGGGGACAGGACAGGAUGGAGGUGACAGGGACAGUCAAGGCAGGCAGAGGCACCAACCCUCCCGACAACACCAACCCUCCUGACAACACCAACCCUCCUGACAACACCAACCCUCCUGACAACACCAACCCUCCUGACCGCACCAACCCUCAUUACGGCACCAACCCUCCUGACAACACCAACCCUCCUGACAACACCAACCCUCCUGACAACACCAACCCUCCUGACAGCACCAACCCUCCUGACAGCACCAACCCUCCUGACAACACCAACCCUCCUGACAACACCAACCCUCCUGACAACACCAACCCUCCUGACCGCACCAACCGUCCUGACCGCACCAACCGUCCUGACAACACCAACCCUCCUGACAACACCAACCCUCCUGACAGCACCAACCCUCCUGACAACACCAACCCUCCUGACAACACCAACCCUCCUGACCACACCAACCCUCCUGACCACACCCCCUCCUGCUGA